GUCAAAUUCAUAACCAUCCGUAUUUUAAUUUUUUAUAAUUUGACAGUGCUCUUGUUUUAGUUGCUUGAAAAAAAUUUCACACCAUUCAUUGUAUGUGUCAAAAUAAUAAGAUGAAGAAUUCAAAGCUAAAUGUAAUUGCGCUCUGGAAAAAUUAAAAUAUAAAGUGUAUUAAUUUAAACAUUGUAAAACUAAUAAACACAAUUAAAGCAAAAGAGUUUGGAAAGAUAUGUCUUCAGAAGUUUGGCAAUAUUUCGAGCGUUUUGGAAAAGACAAAGCCAAAUGCACCAAGUGUCCAAAAAUAUUAAGCUGUGUUGGUUCCUCAACAUCAUCCCUUCAUAAUCAUGCCAGGUGUGUCCACAAAAUAAUUACAACUCCUAAGGUGAAACAAGGAACAGCUGACGAAACUGCAAGUGGUUCUGCUACGGCAAAAAAUUCCUUACUAAAAUAUGCCACAAAAAAUGAAACACUUGGUGAAAUUUUUGCACGUUGUGUUGCAGAAGACGGCAUGUCCGUUAGAGCAGUAAAAAGAUCUCGCGUAGUAUUAUCAUAUUUGCAUUCGAAAAACUUUAGUAUGCCCUCCGAGACCACAAUAUGGGAAAAAAUCGACCAAUUUUAUCAAGUUAAACAGGAAGAACUCAAAAAUAAAUUUCUGGAAAUUAAAAAAAAUCAUGGCCGAUUCUCUAUAAUUGUGGACGAGUGGACCGACUUGUCGUACUUAAAGUACGUCAAUGUCACUGUAAAAUGUUUUAAUCCCGAGACAAAGACUUUGGAAAUAUAUAACUUGGGAUUAAAGGAAAUUAACAUAAAAGCCAAUGCAUUUAACUUGGAGCAAGUAAUCAAAGCAAAGUUGGGUGAGUAUUCGUUAAAUUUUGAAAGGGACAUCGUGGCAUCAACGCACGAUGGUGCAUCUGUAAUGAAAAAAUACGGAAAUAAUAUUGCAGUGGAAUCCCAACUUUGCAUUAACCAUGGUAUACAUCUAUGUGUUGUCAAAACAAUUUAUUCAGAAAAAGAUUAUGCCAUAAGUAAUCCUAUUUUGAAUGAAUCAGAAGACGAAUAUGAGCAAGAAGAAACUGAAGAUCAUUUUGAAAAUCUGUUUAUCUUAAAUGAUGAAAACGUUUCUCUUACAGCCAUAUAAAAACAGUUAUAGAACACCUAAGAAAAUGUGUCAAAACGUUUAAUAAAUCUCCUGAAAAACAAAAAAAAUUACAGAGCUAUGUAAGAGAAGAGGAAAAAACAGAAUUAAAAUUAAUUCAUGAUGUGAAACAUCGGUGGAACUCAUUAGUUAAAUGAUUUCUCAGUUUUUGCGAAUAUAUAAAUGCGUUAAUCACGCCCUUCUGGAUUUCAACUUACCACCAUUUACCGAAAAUGAAAUACAAAUUUUGUCGGAACUUAACAACAUUCUAAAGCCAUUAGAAAUAGCAAUGAAUCAGCUAUCAAAAAAUACUACUACCUUAGUGGAAACAGAAGGAAUUUUUAUAUUUUUAUUUAAAACUCUAUCAAAAGCAAAAAAUCAAUUAUGUCAGGAUUUACUUGAAUGCUUAAGAAUACGUGUAAACGAACGACGCAAUAAAGUUUUAAAAACGCUAGUAUUAUAUUUAAGUACUGGAAAAUUUCCAAAAAGCGAUCAUUUUCUUAAAUACUCUUCAAUAAAUGAAACUAAAGAAUUUGCUUUUCAACUAUUCCAUCGUCUAUUCAGUGACGAAGAUGGAUCUUCCUCUGAUACUGACGAUGACGUAUAUAUGGACAAUUCCACCAACAAUUUAGAAGAAGAUUUAAUUAACACAAUAAAAAAUAUUCAAACCCCCAAAAACGACAAAAACUGUAAUAGACAAAGCAUUGUAAACGACUUUAUUUAUUUAGAUAAGUGUCAGAAAAGGACAGACAAACUUGAAAAAUUAUACAAAGCUUUGAUAACCAUAUGUCCAACUAGUACUUUAAGUGAAAGAGCUUUUUCGAUGUGCAAUUUUAUAAAAACAAAAGAAAGGAAUAGAUACUCUCCCAAGCAUCUGAAUUGUAUUUUAUUUUUAAGAGAUCAUUUUAAACAAAGCACAUAAA